GCAUUCCUGAGAUGGCGCCUCCGACGCUGUGAGAAAUACGCUUCCCCUAGAGGGUACCGGGAGGGUACAUUCACACUCGCCGUAGCGCCAGUUGCGCGGUUAGCGUCCUCGCGUAGUUUUCGCGUGUAAUUCUGUGUUGUCCUGCGUGAGAGUUCCGCGUCGUCGGUUGCAACGGAAAAGUCGAGUCCGAGGCAUCACGCUGCAGCGCGUACAUCCGCAACGCAUCUCUCUCUCGUCAUCCUGUGAGGAUAAUAAACGGCGGUCUCGACUUAGCGGCUUUUAUGAAUCUCGCAUAACCGGCCGUGCGUGCGUCUACGAACGUGAACGUACGAAAAUCAUCCAUCCAUUCGGCGGCGUCCAUCGACGCGUCCCCGAGGGGAGUAGAGAAUGAGUCAGACGGACAAUCUGCAGGAUAAAAGCAUGGAUAAGAAGGAGAUCGCUGAAGAAGAGAGGGAGAUGAUGCUGAACGCUGAGAACACGAAGCACACCGGCGCCGCGCCCGCGCACGAUCUCGAAUCCGAAGAGCAGAAACCGAAGAAGAAAAUACCGAUCGGCGGCAUCAAGAUGCCCGGAUUCUGCCGUACGAAGAGCAAGGAGCCGUGCAAGGAUGACGAGACGAAACCGACGGAGUCAACGGAUGCGGAAUCAGCCCCCGUGGUGACAAAGGAGACCGAACAAAAUGCUCCGCCCGCGGAAAAACCUACCACGCCUGCUAAAGAUUCUAAGGAAGGGCGAAAAGGCAUUCUGAAUGCUAUACCUAUUCGUAUACCUUUGGUAUCAACCGUUUUCUCCAGAAGAAAGAAGGAAAUGGACGCCGAGUUAGGACAGACCGGCGCCGCCGGAUUAGCGAGCGUUGAGACACUUGACGAUGGCGAGAAGAACCCUAUCGCCAAUGAAGAUGGUAUGGAAACCGUACGACUCGAUGGAGAGGACGGUCCCGAACGUGCCGAGCCACCGAAGCAUCCUCUGGUAAUCUGUAUAUCCGCGCUCAGGAGACACGUGGUCGUUUCAGUGGUGACUCUGCUGAUCCUGCUUAGCAUCAUCGUUAUCAUUUGCAUUGCCUGCGCUGGGCCCAGGAAGGUGCCUGUCCAGUCUCUGAAAAACGGCAAGUACAUUGAGGCGGUAACGUCCUGCGGACCGGUGCAGGGCAUUCUGGAGGAUGGCGCCUACGCGUUCCGUGGUAUUCCAUACGCGAUGCCGCCGGUCGGCAACCGUCGCUGGCAACCGGCUGAAUCUCUGAGCCGCAUCGAGCAUUGCUGGAAUGGCACUUAUCUAGCACACAACUCCUCCGAAAAUUGCUGGCAACGUGAGGCGACAUCCGGUCUCAUGGAUGGCGUCGAGGAUUGUCUCUAUCUUGACGUGUUCACUCCAUCAGUGGGAUAUGAUUCCCCGUUACCCGUGGUCGUCAUGAUUGGUGCUGAAACUCUGAUCGGCGGCUCACCUGGAGUGAUGCAGCCUUCGGCCAAACUAGCGCGCGUUCGCGACAUGGUAUUCGUGCGGCCAAACUUCCGGUUGGGAGUUUUCGGAUUUUUGGCGGUCGAGCCUCUUACCAGAGCGACUCAUCCUCCAACUUCGGGCAAUUAUGGAUUAUCAGACAUCAUAGCGACCCUUCAAUGGGUACAGUUGAACAUCGAAAACUUUGGCGGCAAUAAAUCAUCCGUAACUUUGUGGGGACACCGAGCGGGCGGCACUCUCGCUACGACACUAAUCGGUUAUCGUCGAGCCAAGAAUCUUUUCUCGAAAGUGUGGAUAUCCAGUGGUAGUGCGAUAUUCCCGGGGAAAGAAUUGAGCGACUCUGAGCGAUCGAACAUACCGUUCCUCGAAUCGAUUCGUUGUAGCGAUGCUGCUUGCUUGAAAAGUAAAAGCGCCGAAGAUCUUAUGGACGCCAUACCAAACACGUGGCUUCCUAGUCCCAUCGGUCUGCCGGGAAUGAACGAGGGCGGAAAUUACAAGAAACACGAGUGGCUCGUUCUGGACGGCUCGAUUCUUCAGGAGCACAUUGGCCGAAUCUUAGCUCAAGAGAAUCUUACGGUAAAAGUAGUGAUGGGUACUACCGCGCACUCCGGUAUCCCGCAACGGUAUUUGCAAUCGAACGCCACUCUCAAUGCGACGCAAGUCGAAAAAAACGUACGAGAAUCUUUGCUCGGAACUGCCGGUUUUGCAGAUGAAGCUCUGAGACGCUACAACGCCACGUUGAAAGGACUGGUUGCAAUGAUUUCCGACAUCCGUGUAGUGUGUCCCCUGCUGACGCUUGCCAGGAUGAGGACCAACAUACCAUUUUACGUAGCCACUCAAUCACGCCGACAAUUUGCUGAUCCUGAUAGCGAUGCUGCAGCUAUUCUAGGAACCUAUGCCGCUGUCACGCCCGAGGAAAAGAGACACGUGUCAGCUAUGCAACAAUUGUUCAAUCAUUACGUGUGGCAUGGCGAAGUUGCGCAGGCCGACCAGUCGGGUGCGAAGCGAGUCUUGGUUGUCGGCCAGGAUACCCUGCUUGAACAAGGCUAUCCAAAUUGCGAUUUCUGGAUAGAAAAAAAUAUCGUACCUAUGUACGGCCGGGUUGAUUAAAAGGGCUUACGUCGUUGUGCACGUCUGUGUGUUAGAAUCUGAGAGAUCGCUCCUUGAGCGAUACGCGUUGUCCGCUGAAUUUCCGCGGACAUUGAUUCUCAUAGCGCAGAUAUGUACUUUAACUACUUAAAUAGAUCGAUAGUAACAAGCGUUCUUCACGCAGAUUAACGAACAAAGAUCAUGCCUUUGUGGUGCGACGUAUAGUAGUAGUACCUGUCACAUUAUGACAAUUAAUUAAUGUAAAAGAGAGA